UACCAGCUGUAUUUAACCAAUGAAAUAUAAAACCAAAUUGAUGCGGCACGAAGUUUAAAAAUGGCGACUGAAAGCACGACAGAUAAAGACAAAGACACCAUGUCACAUAGCAAGGGCAACACCAGCAUUGAACUGAUCAAAGAAAAGAUGAAAGAAAAGCGACGAAAGAAAGCUCUGAAUGACAGUAAUACAUCGUGGUCCAGGUCAUUCUCAAAACGUAAAGGAACAACUGCAUCAUACGUCCUGAAAGCCAGCUUGCGUUCUAACAAUCAGUCCCUGGCCAAGGCCCUGGCUGCUUCCAAACACGAUGCUCAGCAGGCUCAUCAGAAUAUCUUGGAGCUGCAGCGAGACAGACAGUUCCUUCUGCAGCAGGCCAACUCUAAAAGGAUGGCAGAGAAAGAAUGCAUUCAACGCUUUGGAAACAUCAAACAAGUUCUGUCCAAAGUGACUCACAGCUUGUUGGAUGGCGUGAGCUCGCUUGGACAAGCCAUUGAUCUCUGCUCUUCCUUACCCUUGCGGGAGAGUAGCUUGGGACUUAUUCCAAGGGCCUCCUUGACAUCAGAUGAUGAUUCCUUCAGGAUUGUGCAGAAAGCUGAUCAAGGAUCUGCCACGUAUUGUAGGCAAGCUCAGCUCUCCUCGGCCAUUGAGAGUGCAGCCUCUCAUGUGAUGCAGGCAGCGGAUACCAUGGCAACAGCUACCAUCAACCAGUCAGAGCCGUCAUCGGUGCGUCAGUCACAAAAUGAGCAAGCACAGGGAACUAGCACAUCAGAAGAACUCAAAGGUUCCGUCCAAUCAGAGCCAGUGUGUGAUGGUACCAGCCAAUCAGCAUCCUCGCUCAUUGGGGUCCCCUUGUCAGACAAAUUAAAGGAUUUGGCCAAUGAGGAGCUGGAUUUGGAGUUUCCGUCAUUAGAUGACUUAGACAUUCCUUUGAGAUUUAUCGAUGAAACUCCUGAUUCCAAAGUUAGUGGUAGUUCCAAUGCCAGACGUCAGUCCAGCCGCCUGGAGCCACCAGUGAAGCGUUCCCGCACAGCAACACUCUUGACAGACCCAAUUGCGAUCCAAAAAGCCUUAGCAGAGGACGCAGACUAUACAGCAUACACAGAGGACCCGGAUGAGAACAACCAGACAGUCUUAAGCCCAGAGCCUGAGCAAGGGUUCCGACAAACGCCAAGCACAACAUUCCUAGAUCCCAGCCCUUCAAUCAACCCUAAAAACCAAACAGUCAAAAGCACCAACAAGCGACCUGCUGUAAAAUCAAGACGUGCCACCUAUAACAUCUCCCCAGUAAGAUCUGAAGCAGCUGGCAACAAAACGUUUGAGGUAUCGGGCUCUCCCCAAACCCCAGGGGUCCCAGAUCAACAAACAACUGGAGUGGUCAAGGAAAGAUACGUAUUUAUCCAUACACCACCGGGUAACGUCUCCAACUACAAAACCAUGGACAUGGAGCUAACUGGAGUGACUAACAACUCCACAUCAACACAGGAUGAACAGAACAAGAGCCUGGCCAAUAAGUCUCGCUUCAACCAUGAUGAACAGGUUAUCCGACCCUGGGGUAACAUCCACAUGGACAAACCAAAAAACUCUCCUGCGGCUAAAGUAAAUAAACAGAAGAACAAAACUAAGCCUCCAACAAACACCUCCAAGAGUUUGCUACCAAAGCCUCAAAAGAAGAUAUCCAAAGAGUCUGGCAAGAUCCUCACGGGCAAGGGCAUCAAGAAAGCUGGCUCCAAGAAACCCAGCAAGAAGACCUGUCUGAUGUCAGAAUCCUUCAGGAAUGACCUGGCAGUCUUUGAUCUGUCGGCUGGGGAUAGCUUCUCACUAGCUCCACCAAUAUUCAACCGAGUCAAAUCUAAAACAACUGAUGCGCUAGCAGGGUUUACUGGGACAAAUACCGCCCGAGAUGCUGGUAGCUGCUUUGAUGAUGAGAAAUCUACAGAAAUUCCCAUCGUUUACCGAUGUCCAGAACCCAUGCCACAAGGGGAGCAACUCCAGCCAAUCACCGACUCCAAGCCGAACACUGACCGAGAUGCUGGUAUUCACUCUGAUAACGAGAAAUCUACAGCAGUACCCAGCGUUUUAAGAUGUUCAGAACCCAUGCCACAAGGGGGGCAACUGCAGCCAUUUCAACAAGAGGAAUUGCUAGAUUCCUUCCCCCUGGAGGAGCAUUUGCAAGCUGAGUCAUUGAAACUAGUGGAGUCUGUGAAAACCAACAGAGGGAGCAAGAUCAAGCGUAAGAGCAAGAAAGCCAAAUCAGUUGAAUCUCCUGGUGUGGACAAGAUGACAGGAGGUGUCCUGAAGGCGAAGCCAAAUGUGGCCAUCGUAGACAGCGAAGUCAAUGACAUCUUCGAAGGGACUUGCCUAGCCAAAAUGGGCAAUACACAGCCCACCACUUCUUGGCAGCCUGCUGAGGAUAUCAAUGAUGCCAUUCCAGUGUUGACAUCAAAUAAGCCCACUAAACGCCGCCCAACCAAAGAAAAAAAAGUCAAGGUUAAGUCCUCAGAUCCUCCUAAGACUGAGAUUUUGAUUGAAGACACCAAAUCUGCAUUCAUGCCAAAACAGCAUCCUCACAAGACCCUGUCUACUGACAAAGCUGUGCCCUUUGUCACUUUUAACCUAUCCAGCCCAGCACAGAUGACCAACGAUGAUGGUGAUGACAUCCUAGGGGACAUCGAUGUUCCUAGCCGCAAGAAGAAAUCUACAUCCCCUUCCUCAUCCACCGUGCCCAUCUCAACAUCAAAAAUGGACACAGAGACAAGAUGCAGUCCACCAUCUAUGGCCACUAAGAACAACUCACAGCCCCCCAUUUCAAUCCAGCCUGCCAUGGACAAAGCCUCCUCCUCUCGGUCAAGGCGGGGCCAGAAGAGGAUGGCUGAUGCCCUCAAGGAGGAACCCACAGCAGAGAUGGAAGAAGAGGGGGCGGGGUCACAGGAGACAGGGAGGACGAGCCGUAGAGCUGGACGAAUCAGCUACAAGGAGCCAUCAUUGAGGGACAAAAUGCGGAAUGAUCAUUCCUCGCACAUGGGCAAGAAGAAGGCCACACAGAAAAAGGUUAAGAAAAGCAAACGUGCAGCUCUCGAGACAGUGACAAAUGUGACAUAAGCUUGCUGCAACACCAAUAAAAUAGAUCUUGUUGUCUCCUUUGAUUUGAUACUACACUUAUUGUUGUUAUACUUGGAGUUCUAAAGAUAUAACAAAUUUCAUGUUUUUUAUUUGUCCAUCUUUUCAUGGAAUUUGCCUUUCAAGUUCUUUGAGCACUGCAUAUAUAUAUAUAAUUUCAAAUCAAAGAAUUUACAUGUGAUUGAAAUACUGAUCAAUUAGUGCAAACAAUUACACCUACCUGUAAGCUGUAUUCAUUGAGGGAAUGUAAUAUUUUACCUUAAAAGUCUCAUUUUUGUUUGUUUCGGAUGUUACAUUAUACAUGUUAACAAACUGAACAUGUCCAUCAAAAUAGAAUGGUACAAGUACAAAGUAAAUAGUCUCCCACCAUACAGUACAUGUGGAACUGGAAUCAUCCAUUUUGUUAAUAGAGGUGACCAGCAUGCAUGCAGAAAGUUAUAAUCUAGAUCUAAAUUCCGUGUACUAUAGUGUAAAAUUGCCAUACAGGAAUUGAGAAAUAGACUUUACUUUAAUAUAUUGUAUAAGUUGGAAUUACCUUCAUAGAAACAAGACCUAAUAAAAUAUAAAAACAAAACACAACAGUGGGACUUAAAAUGUUGAAAUCUAUUUUUUUUAAUGUAAGAGUUUUCCCUCAUUUAACUUGUCAGACGUUAAAAAUGUUUGUCAACACUAUGCUGUAACAUCCGAAACACGACAACAAUACCCCAGAAAGUAUUAUUUAUAUGGCUCAAGAAUUCUGAUGAGUAGUUGUGGUUAUCAUUGUUUUAGUUUAAGUAACAGUUUAUUUUUUAACAAUCCAGCAAUGCCAUGCAUCACAUACAGUGUCUUUAAACAUUUCAUUGUUACCAAUUUAAUAUAGUAGAAAGCUUAGAAAGUUAACAGUAAAUUUGGAUUUUGGCUUCAAAUGCAUGUUAUAUUUACUUUUAAAACUGAAUAAAAUGAUUCAAAUAGUUUUCUUGACAAGAUAAAACAAUGAAAGAAUCCCAAAAUAUUGAUAUAAUAAAAAAAAAUGCAUGAAAAAUGGCAAUUUUGUGUUAACAACAACUGUGUAACGUCCGAAACGAAGUUCCUGUGCUACAAGAAAUUUGUUGGAUAUCAAUGAUCUAAUUUAUGUAUAGAUUUGUUUUAAAACUAACAGUGAUUUAUUUUAUGAGGAUUGAUUCACUUCAGGUACCCUCUACUUUGAGAAAUGGUAUUUUUUUGUUUCGGACGUUACAUUUGUUUCGGAUGUUACAACUGUUAACAGAAAAUUUGUUUUGCUGAUAUAAUGAUAAUGUAACUAGAUACUGCCUUAUGUUAUGCUGUGAUGGGAAGCUGCCUUGAGUCUCUCCCAAAGUGAAAUAAGAAAUAGGUUCUGCGAUUCCUUUAUUUUUUGAGACUCCAAAAUUAAAAUUGUUUCGGACGUUACAAAACUGUUAACGGAAAAUGAGAUAACUUUUUCAUUUGAUGAAAAAAGUUUUAAACAACAUCACUGCAAUAAAACAAUGUUACUUUCUUUUUAGGCAUAGGAAUGGGGUAACCAGAAAGUGUAUCUUAAUACUGAUAUCAUAUAAAUUAAUUGUAGUCCUAGUGUGUCAAAUGAGGGGCAAGAUUGUUUACGGAAGAUGUAACGUCCGAAACACCAUUUUCAAUUGCACCAUUCCAUGAAAAUAAUCAAGAUAGUUCCAAUUAAUGUUCGCUUUCUUAAAGUUCCACUCAUACUUAUUCAUUAUAUAUAGGAAAGAAAAUUAUUGUUUCUGAUUUUUAUUUUUUUCCAACCAAAACGAAAUUGUUUCUUGUUUUGGUUGACAAAAUUCCGUUAACAUUUGGCUCACAGUUACAUGUAAAUAGUUACAUAUGCAACGUGUAAACGUUCAGUUAGUUACUAUACUCCAUAUUGCUUUGUGUUGAUAAGAAAGCCACAAAACAACAAAAUGCAAGUGAUGCAACUAUGUGGAUGGUGUAAAUAAUGUACAUAAACAAAAUGGUCACAAUAUGGCCUUUGUCAAUGUAAAUGUACGAUGUUUGUACAAAAUAUGGGUUACUUUAUUAUUUAUCCAUAGUGAGAAAAUGCGACAAGUUGAAAGAUGUUCUGCAGUAUUUUUAUUUGGUAUUUAUUCAUGGAAAUCCCUUAACAAGUUCGACAAUAAAUUCCUUUGCUGU